GUGGUUUUGACCUUCUGUGAAAUACAGUCAGCAAGCAGACUCUGUAAGCAAUUGAUUGCAGCAAUGUUAGCAUGAGGAAAUAUCGCACUUUGUGCCUUUUGCAUUGCAGCAAGAGACGCUACUGGUAACCAUGGACAAACUUAUACAGCUCCUGCUCCUCCUCCUGCCCACAGGGCUCCUGUCUGCCUGUCCCGAGAAAUGUUUCUGCUAUUCCAAAGUAGUCGACUGCCGCGGCGUCUCUCUGCUGAACUUUCCAUCCAAUGUUGACCAGGGAACAGAAACAUUAUUUCUGGAUGAAACCUCUUUGAUCAGAAUCCCUCAAAGUGCCUUUGAAAACCUAAAAAACCUGAGCUAUCUUGGUUUAUCAAGAAAUUGCCUCCUCCUUCACAACUACACAUUUGAUCUUCUACUUGAGCUCCAAGCUUUGGACCUGUCUGCCAACCAUCUGUCAGAACUACGGGAGGACCUGUUUGGAAACCUUCCAAACCUCACCUGGUUAGCACUGGCCAACAACAACUUUAAAACGCUACCUGUGAUGACGUAUCAAGAGAAACUGACCUAUUUAGAUUUAUCCAGCAAUGAGUUGAUGGUGCUCCAGGGAACAUUCAACAACUUCCCUCGGCUGGACACGCUCCUUCUCAACAAUAACCGACUGCGAACACUCUCAUCAACACUGUUUGACCCAUUACUUCUCCUUGAUGUUCUGGACUUGUCCAACAAUGAGCUGAGCUCCCUGCCUCUCCAACUCUUCAAGAACCAUCACAAGCUGACUGAUUUGCGCCUGGACCACAACAGGUUAAAAGCUCUCACGGCAUCUUUGUUCACCCAUCAGAAUAACUUACAGUACCUGACCAUCUCUGGGAACCUCAUUGCCAGUUUCCCUCAUCACAUAUUUGCUAACUUGACCAACCUAUCAAUGCUCGACUUAUCCAACAACUCAUUGACCUGUCUGCCCAUCGACCUCCUCUCUGGGCUGAAAGAACUGCAAACUUUGAAACUCUCUCAUAAUUUCAUCGACAAGAUGUCAAGUGAAACAUUCAGACAUAAUCCCAAACUGACACUCCUGCACCUGGACAACAACCGGCUCAGCAGCCUUCCUGUAUUUGAAGGACUAGCACGGCUCGAAGAACUGACCUGUUCCUUUAACAAACUCCUGGGCUUGCCGAGAGGAUUUGCUGAGGCUCUCCUAAUGCUGAAGUGUCUGCAGGUCACCAACAACCUCAUUAGGCAAUGGGACCCCGAGGUGUUCCGAAACACUACAUCCGUGCUAUUGAGCAACAAUCCAGUCUGUUCCACCGAGGAGAGGGCAGCACCCGUCCGAUCCACGUACAUUGACUGCAGGAAGCAGCAGUGCUCCUCGGUAUGAGAUUGAAAGAAUCUAUUUAGAGGAGUCAGUAAAUUACUAAUAAGGAUAACUAACUGGGCAGGAACUUACAGGGCAGAUUUAAGAGAAGCCAUUAAAUUCUGUGCAGAGGUUCAAUUUAGUCCCCCCCACAUCUCACAAGCCCCAUCCUUUUGUUGGAAUUAGACAGGUAAUGACAGGUAAGGCUUUGCAAACACUGCAUUGCAAAGAGACUAUCCAAAGUCAGCAAGACCCCCUGCUCCUCGACAUACGACUGUGGGGGCAACUACAGCAAAACCUUUACAGGAGUGUCACGGACCACAUUCGGGGACAGUGGGGCAGGUGACCUUGGGUUGUGAGCUGGGUUUUAAAGGAGGCAGACUGAUAGGUUUGGCACAUGGAACCGAAGGCACAGCCUCUGUUUGGAGGCCAAUUAAAUUUGGGGAUGAUGAAAAGAGCAGAACUGGAGGAGCACGGAGGUCUUGAGAGGGUUGAGGGUGCGUGGAGCACACAAGGUCCGAUGUGUCCUGCAGGUCUUGUAAUUCAGAAGCCUUUCCUUUGGACCCUCGGCAAAUACCAAGCAAAGUAAGGAAAUACGGUGGGUCCAGGCUCACAGGAGAGGGCAAAUACUGGAGGUGACAGAUGGCUGCAUGGUGGGGAGGGAGCUGGGCAGUCAGUGGGUCAGUGGCGAGGGAGUUGGGGAGCCAGCAGGUCAGUGGGAGGGAGCUGGGCAGUAGUCAAUGGGGAGGGAGCUGGGAGUCAGUGGGUCAGUGGGAAGGGAGCUGGGAGUCAGUGGGGAAGGAGCUGGGAGCCAGUGGGUCAGUGGGGAGGGAGCUGGGAGCCAGAGGGUCAGUGGGGAGGGAGCUGGGAGCCAGAGGGUCAGUGGGGAGGGAGCUGGGAGCCAGAGGGUCAGUGGGGAGGGAGCUGGGAGCCAGAGGGUCAGUGGGGAGGGAGCUGGGAGCCAGAGCGUCAGUGGGGAGGGAGCUGGGAGCCAGAGCGUCAGUGGGGAGGGAGCUGGGAGCCAGAGCGUCAGUGGGGAGGGAGCUGGGCAGUCAGUGGGUCAGUGGGGAGGGAGCUGGGCAGUCAGUGGGUCACUGGGAGGUGCCCGAGGGAGAGCCAUCUUGGGGGUGAGGGCUUGAAGUAAAGGUUCCUGCCCAGACCCCGGGGGCCGGGACCAGUUCGGGGUUUGGCACUGAGCGAUGGGGCAGGGGCUUUGGAAACACUUGCUCUGUCUGACAGACCUUCGUUGUGACUUCUUCAUGUCUGCUUUGUGACCAUGUCUUGCACUUUGCUCCUGCACAAACUGCUGCAGAACAAUAAAUGUCUGACCUUGGCA